AUGGCUCGGCGCAAGGAUACUCGCUCACCAUCGCCAGCAGGAAGCCAACUCUCUUCAAAGAGAAGCCGACGAGAUGACGUUCAAAGAGGAAGAGAUCGUAGAGAUGAGCCCAGGGUCCAAAGGCGGUGGAGUCGCUCUAGGAGUGUAGAGCGUCGACAUAGAGAUCGUGACCUCUAUCGAAGAAGAGAGCCUCCUACAGAUCGACGAGAAGAAGAUUUCCGCAGAACUGAUCGAAGAGAUAGAUCUAGGGAUCGGAGAGAUAGGUACAAUGAUAAAGAACGGUCCCCUGAUCGGAGGCGGCGCAGAAGCCGUGAUAGAGAAUUUCGAGACAGGCGAGAUGAUCCUAUUGAUAGGAAUCGAAAGCGGAUUGAUGUUUCUACUGACACUGUCCCUCGUAGCAGAGGCGAAAGCAAAGCAGAGGGCACCUUGGUUGGCGAGAUAUCGAGGAAUGAAGGUUCAAUUGGUGAUCGUGAGGCUGAAAAAAAGGCUGAAAGACUAGCAAAGCUGGAGGCAUGGAAAAAAAAAAUGACUGAUGACAAAGUGCGAAAGGAAAAAGUUCUUGCUGCUGUCGAUUCACAAAAUAGCACGGGAGAUAAUGAAAAGGCUCAAUUCACACCUAUACUCGAACAUUCGACUCUUCCCGAAAGUAGUGCUCCCCAAGUUCCAUACGCUGGGAAAUUUGAUCCUAAAGCUGUGGCCAAGAAGGCCGUAUCAAGUACAAGUGAUACGCCUUUAGGAAAAGAUUUAUCUGUGAAAGACGUCUCAAAAGCUACUUCAAAUCUCACACCAUUAAAAAAACUUCAAGUUGAUCAAAAAACUACUAUUUUGAGUAACACAGCUGAGGUUUCCGCAUUGCCAAAAGCAAGAAGGAAUUUAAGUGCAUUUGGACUGUGUGUGAAAUCUGCGCAAGAUAAUGAAAAGAUUCCUUCGAAGCGCGCUCUCGACUUUGGUGAAGAUGAGAGUGCAAGAAAGAAAUUAGAAAAGCUGCCCACACUACCCCUUGAAAAUAUGAUGGAGAAAGAGUUAUUAUCCAUUAAUGAAAAUGAAGCUGAGCCCGAAGGCGAUAUUAGCAUGGAGAAUGCGAGCACAGAGGAAGAAGCAGCGGCAGCAGCAAGGGCGGCCGCUGAAAAACGAGAUGACAGAGGGCUAGAUAAAGCGCUAAAUAUCAGUACCGUCGGGAUUAUAGGCUCUACGGAUGGCGUCAACAAGAAUGCCAAGGAUGAAUUAUCGGUUUCUAAUAUAUCACCGUCUAACAAGCAAGUAUUAUCUCAAGAAAAUGAAGAUGCCGAUCCCCUAGAUGCGUUUAUGGAAAGUAUUGGCGAUCCCUUUUCUAUCCCUAGAGAUAGUACAUCUUAUCUAAAGACAGGUAAUAGGAGCAAACAGCAAGAACCGGAGCCCCUUUUUGGAGAUGAUGGUGUCGGACUCAACGCCAUGGGGGCUGACCCUGAUGAUAUACUUGCUAUGGCCAAUAAAGCUAGGAAGAAGAAAGACCUUCCUACUAUAAAUUAUGCCAAUAUGGAUCUGGAACCCUUUCGUAAAAAUUUCUAUACAGAACCAGCUGAACUGGCCGAUAUGACUGAAACUGAACUAGCUGACUUACGGCUUGAACUAGAUGGAAUUAAGGUAUCUGGUAAAGAUGUCCCAAAACCUGUUCAGAAAUGGUCACAGUGCGGGCUAAAUAUCCAGUCUCUAGAAGUUAUCCGCAAACUCGGUUAUGAGAGGCCUACAGCAAUCCAAAUGCAGGCCAUUCCUGCCAUUAUGUCCGGUAGAGAUGUUAUCGGUGUAGCUAAGACUGGAUCUGGCAAAACUAUGGCUUUUAUGCUCCCUAUGUUUCGACAUAUACGUGAUCAGCGAUCACUAGAAGGAUCUGAUGGUCCAAUUGGAUUAAUCAUGACUCCAACACGUGAACUGGCGACUCAAAUCCAUAAAGAGUGCAAACCAUUCUUGAAAGCAAUGUGCUUAAGGGCAGUUUGUGCAUAUGGAGGCGCACCAAUCAAAGACCAAAUCGCUGAUUUGAAGAGAGGGGCUGAGAUCAUUGUUUGUACUCCUGGCCGCAUCAUUGAUCUUUUAGCGGCAAAUUCAGGGAGGGUAACAAAUCUGCGCCGGGUCACAUAUGUCGUGCUCGACGAAGCUGACCGAAUGUUUGAUAUGGGCUUCGAGCCUCAAGUUAUGAAGAUAUUUGCCAAUAUCCGUCCUAAUAGGCAAACAAUCUUAUUCUCUGCAACCAUGCCUCGUAUUAUGGAUGCCCUAGCCAAAAAGACACUCCAAUCGCCCGUUGAAAUUACCGUAGGUGGGAGGAGUGUCGUCGCAGCAGAGAUAAUCCAAAUAGUCGAGGUUCGUGAGGAGAAGGAAAAAUUUCAUCGUCUUCUUGAACUUUUGGGCCAACUUUACGAUAAUGACGAAGACGCCCGAACCCUUAUCUUCGUGGAUCGUCAGGAAAAGUCGGAUGAUUUGCUAAAAGACCUGAUGCGAAAAGGCUACCCUUGCAUGUCAAUACACGGCGGAAAAGAUCAAAUCGACCGUGACUCUGUUAUCGAUGAUUUCAAGGCUGGGGUCAUCCCAAUCUUGAUUGCUACUUCUGUCGCUGCUCGUGGUCUAGAUGUUAAGCAACUGAAGCUAGUAGUCAACUAUGAUGCUCCAAAUCAUUUAGAAGAUUAUGUUCAUAGAGCGGGUAGAACUGGCCGGGCAGGAAAUACAGGUACGGCAGUAACCUUUGUUACGGAGGACCAAGAGCAGUAUUCUGUUGGGAUCGCCAAAGCGUUGGAGCAGUCUGGCCAGCCUAUUCCGGAACGAUUAGAUGCCAUGCGAAAAUCAUUCCGCGAUAAAGUAAAGACGGGCAAGUCGAAAGAUAGCUCUGGUUUUGGCGGCAAGGGCCUAGAGCGCCUUGACAUGGAACGGGAAGCAGCUAGGAAUAGAGAACGAAAGACUCACAAGACUGAUGGAGAUGAAGACGAGGAGAAAGAGGACAAGGAAGAUGAUGAAGACGUUGUCCUUAAAGCAGCAUCCACAGUACAUCCUGCUUCUGCCUUAGCUCCCUCUCCUCAACUAUUCGGCGUGCCAAAAGGUAUUGACCUUGACGGCAAGAUUACUGUUCACCGUACAGAGUCAAGUGCCUCAUCGGGCGGGGGAUCUAAGAAUCCACUCGAUAAAGUAACCUCCGCUAUUGAUGCAAUAAAUGCUAGGCUUAAUAAAACUGGACAACUUCGUUCAGGUGUGCCCAUCGAUAAUAAGGGCCCUGAUGCUGGCGCAUUCCAUGCAACCCUCGAAAUUAAUGAUUUCCCACAAAAAGCCAGAUGGGCAGUCACAAACCGAACAAACGUGGCAAAGAUCCUGGAAGCAACAGGCACAUCCAUCACAACAAAGGGCAGCUUCUAUCCUACAGGAAAGGAGGUUCAGCCAGGCGGUGACCCAAAACUGUAUAUACUCGUUGAAGGGGAUACCGAAGUCGUGGUUACCAAUGCAAUGAGAGAGCUCAUGCGACUACUGAAGGAAGGCACUAUGGCUGCCGCAGACGCCGAAGGAAGGGCGCCAGCUAGCGGUAGAUAUGUUGUAACCUAA